AUGCAAAAAACACUCAUCAAUACACCAAUAAACUUGAAGUUCAAGGAUGGAGAUCUCCAACUUCAGUCGCUCCAGCAGAUAACAUCAGUUCCUUAUAUUGCAGAACUAUAUUAUGAGAGAUUAACUUUAAUAGAUGAGUUUCUUGGUUCUGACAAGAAAAAAAUUGGUUUUAUUUUUUCUAGUUAAACAUUUAUUAAUUUUUAUUAAAAAGUAAAAAAUAAUUUAAUUUUUGCGAUUUUUCUCACUUCAACCUCCUUCACAAACAAAAUUUUUUUGCUCGCUCACGAGAUUAAUUAUUUUUGGAAAUUUAAAAAAAAUCCCAAUUUGAAAGCACAUAUUAAUUUUUUUGUAAAAUUUAUAUUUUGCAAUCAGCCUAAAAUUAAAAAAGAGACUUUAUUAUACUAAUUAUCAUUAUAUAUUAAAAUCUUUUUCAAAAAAAAUUUUAAAAAUUUUUUUGUUCGCUCGUAGAAGAUGGGUUUUACCCCAAAAAUAGGAAUUUUUCUAUGGUUUUGUUUGCUCACGGAGGUGAGAGUUAGGAAAAAUAUCUGAUGGAGAGUUUCCCUUACUUGAUUUUCCUUUUCAAUGAGUCAAUGGUGACUCACAUUUGUGCAUUAUUCAGCGAAGUCACAGAUUCUGAUCAGACUAAAGCCUCACUGCACUUUAUUGAAAGAAUGCUUUCACAAGGAAUAGACUCAAGCGGCCAUAUAAUGAUGGCUGAAUUUAUUAACCCUUCAAAUGAUUUUAUCUAUUUGAUGGCUCAUGUGUCAGAUCGCCCAGGGCUCGGCUCAUUUUUUGAUGGCUAUAAGUUUGCAUUAUUUAAAUUUACUAUACCAGUCUUCCUUAUAGAUCUCCUUAAUAACCCCAAAUAAAUUUAUAUUUAAAAUAUUCUGUCUAUUAACUAUUUAUACAAUAAAGAAUAUCAGCGAAUUGUUUGGAGAACAUGCUGCUCAGUAUAUGAAUUACAUUAAAUGGCUCAGAAUUGAAAAUCAAGCACAGAUAAACGCAUUCCGAGGGCUAAAGGACGAAUUUGCUGAAAAAGUAAAUGAGCAACACCACUAUUUUCAAAGUGGUAUGAGCCUGUGCAAAGAAAUUAAAGAAAGAGAUGAAAAUAUCCUAAAGACACAAGAAAUAAUAAGAAAUCUAAAUAUAGAGCUGGAAGAGCAGCAUACACAAAUAAAGACAGAAGAGCUUAAAAUAGAGUGCUAUUUCUGUGGACAGUCCUUAAAAAAAGUAAUUUUUCUUCCCUGCAAUCAUAUAGUAACCUGCAAAGACUGCUGCGAAAGAAAAAUGAAUUUAAAAAUCAAUUCAAAAGUCAACCGGAGAAUCACAUCUAUUUUAUGCCCAAUAUGUAAAGCCAAAAUCCGUGAAGCACACGAAAUAUAUUUUUAG